CUGGUUUAUCAUGCUGUUUAGUUUCACUUUCUCUUAGUUUAGCUAUUGGAACAGAUCACUUCAAACCACAACUGCAAUACAGUCAACAGACAAUUAUCCCAUAGCUGCAAUACAGGGAACAGAAAAGUAUCCCAUAGCUGCAAUACAGGGAACAGAACAUUAUCCCAUAGCUGCAGGAUCCAUGUUGGAACGCAGAGUGGCACACAAGAUGAAAUACUUCACAGUUGAGACUGGCAGUACUUUGGAAUCUCAUAUUCAGUUUAUGAGACGACUCAACACCACAAGAUGUUUUACGGAAGUCAAGUCUCCGGUGGAGAGUGAUGUCAUCAUGGCUUUCUGUCCCAUCGUCUCCCGCGCUGGGACUGAUAUUGAAGCAGCACUGGAACAGAUUCCAACUGGUAAAUAUGUCAUUCUGGUAGUGCUGCAUCACACCUUCAGCCCAGACUUCACUGUACCUGACAGCAGCAGACUAGUGACCAGAAGUGAUGUAAAACUCACAGUGGACUGUCUGUUCCAUGAGAGCCAGGGAGGACUACUGGACUGUCCUCGUAAUGAUGCAGCAGUCAGGACUAUUCUGAAGAGGCUGAACAUACAGCCAAAGAUUGGAGCUGAAGAAUGGAUCAGUAUCCCUGAGCAGGGUAACAGGCGGACCGGACAUCCUGGCAUUCUAGCUGUGAUUCAGAGCAUUAUAAUGUGGCCAGUGUCUUCAGUCUACAACUACCUUUUCAAUCACAAUCCACGUACCUCUACAAGACCCUGUUAUGGCAGUGUUUCUGUGAUUCUGAGCUCUAUUAUAAUGUGGCCAGUGUCUUCACUCUACAACUACCUUUUCAAUCACAAUCCACGUACCUCUACAAGACCCCGUUAUGGCAGUGUUUCUGUGAUUCUGAGCUCUAUUAUAAUGUGGCCAGUGUCUUCAGUCUACAGCUACAUCUGUAGAGUGCUUUCAUAUGUGAAGCGGCGCUUCUCGGACAAUAAUUAGGUUCAAAGUAGGUAGUAGGUUGUCAUUCAUGUGGUCAUUGUAAUUAGAGUAAUCAUCACAGGUCAAAUCAGGACCACUAACAUCUUGUGUUUCAUGUUUCCUAAUAUUUUCAAGAUCCAUGUCCCUCUUCAACACUUCGUUCCAGAAGUGAUGAAAGCAGUUCCACUUUUGUACCAACAAUGAAGACAUGAGAAUUGUUUUUAGGGAUUACAUCUAUCAUUUCACGGCCUACUAAAUAAGAAAAUGUAUUUACUUUGGAUGUGAAGAGAAUUUGCGGUUGUAAUGUAUAGUAAUUGGGGCCGAUAUAAAAAAUGUGAUUAAAAAUAAUGGAAAAUAAUAAAGAAGAAACAGGAUCUGUGGAA